GGUCGAGUGGCCGGUUGCUGCUCCUGUUUUCUCCGUUUACUGCUGUGCGUGCCCGUCCGGUCUUUGGCAAGUGGCUGAGUGAUGGGACACCCCUCUCCGUUUCCCCUGCAGGCAUCAUCAUCAUGGCGCUGCUGGGCAUGUUCAACGUCCACCGACACGGGGCCAUCAACUCGGCCGCCAUUCUCCUGUACGCCCUGACCUGCUGCAUCGCCGGCUACGUCUCCAGCAACUUCUACCGCAAGAUCGGGGGCGAGCGCUGGGUGUGGAACAUCGUCCUCACCACCAGCCUCUUCUCGGCCCCGUUCUUCCUGACCUGGAGCGUGAUCAACACGGUGCACUGGGCCAACGGCUCGACCCACGCCCUGCCGCUCACCACCAUCCUGCUGCUGCUCACCGUCUGGCUGCUGGUGGGCUUCCCGCUCACCGUCAUCGGCGGCAUCUUCGGCAAGAACAGCGCCGCCGGCUUCGACGCCCCGUGCCGCACCAAGAACAUCGCCCGCGAGAUCCCGCCGCAGCCCUGGUACAAGAGCGUGCUCGUCCACAUGACCAUCGGCGGCUUCCUGCCCUUCAGUGCUAUCUCGGUUGAGCUGUACUACAUCUUUGCCACCGUGUGGGGGCGCGAGCAGUACACACUCUACGGGAUCCUCUUCGUUGUCUUCGCCAUCCUGCUGAGCGUCAGCGCCUGCAUCUCCAUUGCCCUGACCUACUUCCAGCUGUCCAGUGAGGAUUACCGCUGGUGGUGGCGCUCCGUCCUCAGCACCGGCUCCACCGGCUGCUUCAUGUUCCUCUACUCUGUCUUCUACUACUUCAAGCGCUCCAACAUGUCCGGCACCGUGCAGACGCUGGAGUUCUUCGGCUACUCCAUCCUCACCUGCUACGUCUUCUUCCUCAUGCUGGGCUCGGUCUCCUUCUUCGCCUCGCUGCAGUUCAUCCGCUACAUCUACGUCAACCUCAAGAUGGACUGACCUCAGAGGCAAUGAGUAAAUCUGGGAGCGCCCCCACCCACCAAGGGGAGCAUCUCGCGCGCGCACACAGCCGAGGGAGCGCCUCCAGCUGCGGAACGUUCCGGAAUUCACGGCCACCGGGAUCGUCGCCCCAGCGAGCGUGCAGCCAGGCGCACGGUGUAAUAUAUGUAACAUUAUAAAUACGAUACAAUGAGGGAUGUGAAAUUUUAUACGCUGUAGACGGCUUGUAAAUUGGGUUUUGCGUGUUUUUUUUUUUUUACAGCCAAGUGCCAUUCUCCUGUUGUGCAUCCUUCUCGUCGCAAUCUGAAAUUUAACUUUUAAUUUAAUCCCGUCCCGGAUUUUGAUUUCCAAACCAGGACACAGGUAUUUGCUUCUGGGAAAUGGAACACAGCAUCCCCGAAUCUCUCCUCCCCUCCCUUCCUCGUGUCUCUCCCUGCGCCUGUUCUUUUGUCUUUUAUCACUAAUAAUUAAAAAAAAAUAUUAAUUUUCA